GGAAAGGGAUGGAGGUCAUUGCUAAAGAGCUCAGCUGUUCAGAGUGCUCAAGCUAAUCGUGUAUUUAGAUCAUUUGAAUGAAAAGUUGAGUGGAAGGAAAAAUGUGGCUGAAAAUUAUGCACCACAGGCUUGAGAUAAUUGUGAAGCAAACCCGAUUCAGAAUUUUGGGAGAAAUUCACAAGGUGUUUGCUGCAGCUGUUUUUACUACUCCAAUAGUAGUAAAAACAGCUUUCAAGUUGUAAAUGAAGGGCUCAGACUCUGAUGAAAGAAUGGUGCAGAAUCUAAUUUGUUUGAGGUCCAGUGUAAAGUUGGGACAAAGAUCAUGUCACCUCCUUUUGUUGGUGCUCUGUGUUUAUCAAAUCCAAAGUCAGUGCCUACAUCCAGGAUAUUAGAGAGAACUCCAUACUUCCCUCUGCUGAACAGCUUUAUGAAGAGACCAAUCUCAGCAACAUCCAAGUGUUGAGGAAAUAAACUGAACUAGCCUGGUAAAAACCAGCCGCUUGUACACUUUGCUUCCUACAGGUCUGGGCUGUCAGCUGUUGAGAAACAGUUGAUUCCUGGAGGCGUGGACUGUGUUGAGGUUUUAAAUUUUAUUCAGUUGCUAAUGUUUGUCAAUGACGUGUGUAAUGCUGCAGUUUGAUGCCAAGAAGCUUACUGGAAAUUGCCUGCGCUGCAAACAACCAUCCGCCAAUGCGAAGAGAGAAGUGCAGAAUGGAACAAGCCGGUUGUUAAUGUUAAUUCAAUAUUUGGAAGUUUGAUCAACACAGGCUGAACGGCUUCGUUCACAACCUCGGCUGCCAUUGCUCAAACUGCAGGCGGACUGCAAUUCUAAGGCAGCGCAGAAAAUCAACAACACUCACGACUUCUCUUUCUGUUCGCUAAAGAUAUCUAAAAGACAAUCCAAGUGAAGGGAAGAAAGCCCACAUGCUGUUGGAAGCGGGAACGUUUUCGGAGCGAAAUUUCACAGGAAGGCAAUGACCAGGAUAACACAUAGAGGGACAUAUUUUUUCAAAGUAGGCAAACUUUUUAAAUCCAUUUUUGUCAUUGGUCUUAUGGUAUGCUCUUCUAAUUUUCUGCAUUCAAUUAACAGGACUCUUUAAUAGCCAGCUUAUUUAGCAAUAGUCUUUUGUGACUUUCCCUCCUUGCCAAGGGAGUCAUCCUUCCCAUGAUUAUGUAGAAGAAAUUAUCACAUUUUCUUAAAACAAAUGUUUAUUGGUCUCCUAUCAUUUUCUAAGAAUCAGAAUGUUGACACUUGUUAACAGUAAAUUAGAAUAGUCCAAAUUAUUAGAGGUAAAUAAAUAACUGAAAUGAACAAACUCUUCUAUUACCUUGUGAUUUAUUUAAAACCCUGAUAAACAGAAGCUAUGGUUCCCUCUGCUUAACAGCUUUAUGAAGAUACUAAUCUCAUAUUCUAGAGCUUAAAAAGUUAUACAUCUAUGUGCUGAAGACAUAUGGACAUUUAUUAGGGAUGUUUUUCAAAUCCUGUUAUUGCUCUAAUGGUAUAGUAUUUUAAUUUUAAAUUCACAGCUAUCUAAGAGCCAGCUUCCUUAGCAAUGACCUUUUAUGGCUCCCUCUCCUUGUGCAGGGAGUCAGACUUCAAGUCAGCAGUUUUCCUCAUGAUAGUGUUGAAGACAUCACAUUGUCAUGCAUUUUGUUGGUCUUUUGUAAUUUUCUAAUGAACAUAAUUUUGCCAUUGGUUAACAUUAAAGUAGAAUAAUCCAAUUUAAAAGAAGUAAUUAGAUAAUUGAUAUUAACAAACUCUCCCAUUAUAUUACCUUCUGAUUGAAAGAUGUGAGGUCUAGACAAAAAUUUCCAUCUGAUCACACGGCAUAAAAGCCUGAAUUAAAAGAUAUAUAUAGCAUCACCUGUGAACUAUGGACAAAAUAAAUAAAUAAUCUACUCAGAAUACACGUGAAAUUUAGGCUGAUGCAAAUGUGUAAAGAGGAAUUUCCCUGCUUCUAUAAAAAGGUCAUCUCACCAAAUAAAUAGAGCUGGGAAGCAGAGAGAACUUCAUCUUCCUGACUGUCUGGUCCAGACCACCCUCAUCAUAAUGAAGGUUUUAAUCCUCUCAACCGAGCUGCUCAUCCUCCUCUCUGUGCGCUCCUGGUUGGCGAACGGCGUCGCCUCCCCGCUGACCUACGAAGUCACCGACCGGAUCACCGGCAACCCUCUGCAGUGUGACCGCUGCCCGCCGGGAACCUUCCUGCGCGCCAGAUGCUCCUCCACCAAAAAGAGCGAGUGCGCUCCGUGUCCACAGGGCUCCUUCACGGAGCUCUGGAACUACAUCGGGAGAUGUUUGCGCUGCGCAGUCUGCGGGCGGAACCAGGUGGUGAAGAAGGAAUGCACCGCAAACAGCGACUGUCAGUGCGAGUGCAAACCGGGUUACUUCUACAGUCAGGACUACGACAUGUGCGUCCGACACAGCGAGUGUCCCUCUGGGCAGGGAGUGCUCACCAAAGGUACACCAGAGAGAGACACAGUGUGCGGUAGGUGCUCUGUUGGGACCUUCUCUGAUAUUUCCUCCACGGAUCAGAUCUGCACACAGCACAAGAGCUGCAGCGCCGCAGGGCUGCAGUUGGUGCUGAAAGGCGCCAUCUGGCAUGACAACCUGUGUGCAAACUGCACAGAACUCAAAGACGGAGCUGAAUAUCUCAAAGAAAUCGUCCCCGCCUUCUUCAUUCAUCACAAAAUAAAACUGAAACGGCUGCGUCGAGUGGUGAACAAGCUUCCAUCUGACAACGUCAGAAAGCAGAAAGGAACUUUGGAGCUCAGCUUCUCAGAGCUUCACUCACGCAUCAGCAGCUGGGUUUCAUCUGCCACUCCGAUGCAGAUCCGGCAGCUUCCAGCCAUUCUGAUUAAACUGAGAGCAUCUCACGCAGGAGAAAAACUUCAAAAGAAGCUGAAUGGAAUUGACAAAAAUCUAUUAAUGCUGUGCCAGGAAAUGAUAGGGAGGUUGAUUAAGAUUAAACUUUGCUUAAUUUAAAUCAAUUUUAUUUUUCUUGCACAUGGCAUUUCAAAUAUUUCACAGGCUGCAUUGUUAUUAUGGGACUUUUUUUUGUGUGUCAUAUCAACAUGCUGUCUUACUUCUGUUUUUGUAUGCUUUGACACUUUAUGCCAAGUUAAAGAAAAAGUGGAGCUUUUAAUUUAGUUUUUGGAGGUAAAAUUUGCACUGAGGGGAUCUAAAAGAUGUUAAAGGGGCAGUAUUAUGUACAGUCAACAUUUUUGAGAUUUACUUCAUGUUGUAAUGUUCUUUCGUCAUCAAAAAUCAUAUCUGGA